AUGACCCUCCACAAGAUAUUGUUUACUAUUUUUGCCCUGUUUAUAGUUUCAAAAUAUUAUAUGCGUACAACACCUAUCUCGGUCAAGCUUCCGGAGCCGCAGUUCAGUCUUCUUGGCCCUUACAACACGACAGAAGUAAUUGUCGAAGAUAACUACGAACAGUUGAUCGACAUUAACAAUUUUACUUUCAUUCAUAAUCCACAACCAUGCAAAAAUUAUACUGCAGGCUUACUACUAAUGGUAAUAGUCUCUUCGAAUCCACAUCAUGCUGAAAAACGACAAAUUAUUCGAAGCACAUGGGGUCGAAACUUUGACUCCACGAAAGUCGUGUUCUUGAUCGGUGAAACUAAGAAUAAUACCACAGUAUCAAAACUAGUACAUAAGGAAAUUACGGAGCAUGGAGACAUAGUAUAUGGAAAUUUUAAAGAUGCUUAUAGGAAUUUGACCUAUAAGCAUGUUAUGGGCUUAAAAUGGGUAAAACAUCAUUGCCCUGCAGCAAGAUAUGUUUUGAAAACUGAUGAUGAUGUUCUCGUCAACUCAGGGGAGAUGAGACAUUUUUUGGCUAGGGAACUGUCACCGUGGGGAGCGAAAGAUUUGAUAAUGUGUCAAGUGCUUAAAAAUGCCAAGGCUCAGAGAUCAUCAAAAUCAAAAUGGAAGGUGACGACUCAUGAAUAUUCAAAACAAUUUUAUCCAACAUAUUGUGCAGGCUGGGCUAUACUCUACUCACAAGAUGUGAUCCAGAGACUAUUAAUGGCUGCACAAUCAAUACCCUACUUCUGGAUAGAUGAUGUACAUAUUACUGGAAUCUGUGCAGAAAUGAUAGGUGUACCUCGCACCGCACUCUCUUCUCUAAUAUUGUCACAAUCAAGACUUAAAAUGGUGAAACUAUUUGGCCCACAAUCUACUGAACCAUUUAUAUUUGGACCACCUGAUCUCACAUCGGCGGGCGUUAAAGAGCUUUGGGAGGCAAUUCCUGAAUAG